AGAACCUUGUCCCACUCAAUGUUCACUGUGACUAGUUAACGGACACUUCUCUCAUUUGGCUGUUUGCUUCCUUACAACGUAGUCUUAGCCCAACAUGAAACAACAUGGGAACGGCCCUCUGCUACUUAUGGAACCUCAGUGAGACCACCGGCACAAAGAAACUCCUUGCCAGAAGUCAAUGGAACACGUUACACCACAGGAAGUGCUAUGCAUCCCACGGACCCCCCUGGCGUGCCCCUACGGAGAACCACUAUGGACAAACAGAACCCGGGGAACAAUUCACCAGCCAAGAGGCAGAACAAGGAGAUCAAGGAGACCAAGAUAACAAUCAACUGCGUCACCUUCCCGCUGCCCAGUGUGAUGCCAGAUCAGCCAGAGCAGCAGCUACUGAAGCCCAAUGAGUGGAGCUACUGUGACUACUUCUGGACUGACAAGAAGGACCCCCAAGGGACCCCCUCUGUGGGCGGCUUUGAGGUGCUGCUGCAGAAACAGCUCAAGGGCAAACAGAUGCAGAAAGAGAUGGCUGAGUUUGUCCGGGAGAGGAUAAAGAUUGAAGAUGAAUACUCUAAGAACCUCUCCAAGCUCUCCCAGAGCCCCUUGGCUGCUCAGGAGGAAGGAACCCUUGGGGAAGCUUGGGCCCAGCUGAAGAGGAGUUGUCAUGACGAGGCUGAAGUCCACCUCAAGUUCUCCAAUAAGCUCCAGUGUGAGGUGGAGAAGCCCCUGCUGACGUUCAGAGACAACUUCAAGAAGGAGUUGAAGAAGUACGAUCACCACAUCAUAGACCUCAGGAAGCAGCUGGCCAGCCGCUAUGCAGGCGUGGAGAAGGCCCGUAAAGCCCUGGCAGACCGGCAGAAAGAUCUGGAAGUGAAGACCCAGCAACUGGACAUCAAGCACAUGAACAAACACGAGGAGGACAUCAAGAAGGCCCGGCGGAAAUCCACACAAGCAGGUGAUGACCUCAUGCACAAUGUGGACCUGUACAACCGGGCCCAGUCCAAGUGGUUUGAGGAGAUGGUCACCACAAGCCUGGAGCUGGAGAGACUUGAGGUUGAGAGGGUGGAGAUGAUACGACAAGAUUUACGCCAGUACACAACGCUGCGACAUGAAACUGAUAUGUUCAACUUUAUUUAA